AUGGUUCACAAGCCCCGCAACACGCUCUUGGCCCCUGGUGUCAACAAGUACAGCCGCUCGCAGGUCGUUGCCAAGCGUGUCUUGUACAAGCGCAAGCCCGCUGGUACCGUUGCCGCCGCCCCCGCUGCCGCCAACAAGACCGUUGAGGUCAAGGGCGCCAAGAACGGUGGUUCCCGCGUCAUUGCCGCUGCCAAGGCCCCCCGCUUCUACGCCGCUGAGGAUGUUGCUCUCCCCAAGAAGAACCGCAAGCACGCCGGUGUUGCCAAGCUCCGCAGCACCAUCGUUCCCGGUACCGUCCUCAUCCUCUUGGCUGGUCGCUACCGCGGCAAGCGCGUUGUCUUCUUGAAGCAGCUCGAGUCUGGCUUGUUGCUCGUCUCCGGCCCCUUCAAGGUCAACGGUGUCCCCCUCAAGCGUGUCAACCAGGCCUACGUCAUUGCCACCUCCACCAAGGUCGAGCUUGAUGCCACCAAGAUCGAUGCUCAGUUGAACGAUGCCUACUUUGCCCGCGCCAAGGCCACCAAGAAGGCCGCCACUGAGGAGGCUUUCUUCGAGGGUGAGAAGAAGAAGGAGCCCCUUGCCGAGAACAAGGUCGCUCUCCAGAAGGCCACCGACAAGGUUAUCCUUGAGGCUAUCAACAAGGUCGAGCACCUCCGCCAGUACUUGUCUGCCAAGUUCUCCCUCUCCAAGGGUCAGGCCCCCCACGCUCUCCAGUUCUAA